GAAGAGGUUGCACAGAUUGGUAUGAAAGUAAAGAGAGAAAAGCAAAUAUCAGUGUUUGGGAAAUGUUCCAGAGCUAGAAAAUGAAGACGUACAUGGCUGCCAUUUCUUUGGUCCUUUUCUGGUUUGCAAUAUUCUCGCAUUCUAUAGCUGAUCAAGCCUUCGAUGUCCGUCAACACCUCUCCACUGUAACAGGGUAUGGUGCUGUGAAAGAUGUGGGUUGUGUUUCCCUUGAAAAGUCUAGUAUUCAUGAGGGGUGCACCCCUAUCCACUUAAACCUUGUGGCAAGACAUGGAACUCGUUCUCCAACAAAAAAACGGAUGAGAGAGUUGGACCGGUUGGCAUCUCAUUUGGAAGGACUUAUAAGAGAUGCCAAGGAACAGAACUUAUCUUUGCAGAAAGUUCCGACCUGGUUACUGGGUUGGGAAUCUCCUUGGAGAGACAAAUUGAAAGGUGGAGAAUUGAUUAGCAAGGGAGAAGAUGAAUUAUAUGAUCUUGGAAUCAGGAUUAGGGAAAGAUUUCCAGAUUUGUUCAAGGAGGAAUAUCACCCAGAUGUGUACCCAAUAAAGGCGACACAAGUUCCUCGAGCAUCAGCUAGUGCUGUGGCAUUUGGCAUGGGUCUGUUUAGUGAGAAGGGAAGCCUUGGACCAGGGCAUCAUCGAGCUUUUGCAGUCAGCAGUGAAAGCCGUGCAAGUGAUAUAGUGCUUAGGUUUUAUGAUUGUUGUGAAAGCUACAAGGAUUUUAGGAAAAGCCAAGAGCCAGGUGUCGACAAGCUUAAGGAACCUAUUUUAGAUGAAAUUACAGCUGCAAUAGUGAGCCGUUAUGAGCUUAAUUUUACAAGACAGGACACGGCUUCUCUCUGGUUUCUCUGUAAACAGGAAGCAUCCUUGUUGGAUAUAACAGAUCAAGCUUGUGGUCUCUUCAAUCCUUCUGAGGUGGCUUUACUGGAGUGGACAGAUGACUUAGAGGUGUUUAUAUUGAAGGGUUAUGGUAAAUCAAUAAACUAUCGAAUGGGAGUGCCACUGCUUGAAGAUGUUGUUCAUUCCAUGGAGGAAGCUAUUAAGGCACAGGAAGAACAACUUGCUCCUGGAAGUUAUGAAAAGGCAAGACUAAGGUUUGCACAUGCAGAGACUGUAGUUCCUUUUACAUGUCUGCUUGGUCUUUUCCUUGAACAAUCAGAAUUCCAGAAAAUACAAAGGGAACAACCUUUGGAACUUCCUCCAAGGCCUCCCCACAGUAGAAAUUGGUGGGGCAGCACUAUAGCGCCUUUUGCUGGCAACAACAUGCUUGUCUUGCAUAGUUGUCCAGCAAAUCCAUCAAGCAAGUACUUCAUCCAAGUACUACAUAAUGAGCAUCCCAUUACAAUGCCGGGUUGCAAUAAUUCUGAUUUCUGUCCAUUUGAAGAGUUUAAGGAAAUGAUAGUUGCUCCCCAUUUAAAGCACGACUAUAAUACACUCUGCGCUAAAAGGCUGGAGCAACCAGAGCAGAAGCUUGAAACUAGCAAGUUAUCACUACUGUUUCGUUGGCUCUUCUCAAUGGGCAGAGAUGAGACGCAGUCCACCAAAGCUGAAUUGUAGUUCUUGUUCAAGAAACAAAGAGGGAACCAUUCUUACAGGCUACUUUUUCCUUGUUGGCACUCCAUUAUUUAUGUGAUUUUCAGCCAAGGGGAGCUCUUUCUUUUAGCUGAGUUCCCACCUAGAUUGAUCCUAUUAUCAAUAUUGACACGAGUUCACCAACCUCACUCCAUAUCCCGAUACAAUUGUUUGAUCUGAUAUAUGUGAACACACUAUCCGUUUCCCUUGAUCUGUUGUGCUCCUUGUAAGUCAUGUAUCCAGAUUGCCUAGUAGCUUAAGGAUCAACCUUUUUCUGCCCUUGAUGGAACUUUUACUGAUUUUUCUAGAAUAAUGAAUUAACAGCAUUUGGCAUGCCGUUGGAAUUUGAACUCUAGUUUGUACUUGUGUAGAAAUGGGCUUCACGUUAAUUAUUUUUGUACCGUCCGAGUUAGUGCUUUAGUUCGGGGCUUGUGAGUUGUGAAACCAACAGCCCUAUGGAAAUGGUUCAGAUGCCUAAAACAAAAAGAAAAUAAAAAAGAAAGUUGAAAUAUAGUAAUACUAAAUUUACUAAAAUAUAAUUCAAUAUCCAGUGAUUAUCAUAUAAUAAAUUAAAAUCAAGUAAUUAUGCUAAAAAUUCAGUUAUCAUUCAGGAAAUAUUAAACCUUAACAAAAACAUUUCAGCUAGUAGGAAUAAAAUUUUUUAUUUUUUACUAAUUAAAAUCUCAAUGUAAUAUAAUAAAAUCUUGAUGUUUAAAUGGGCUUGAGAAUAUCUCAUUGGUAAGAAUUGGGCCUCGUAAUACCCACUAUUUUUGCAGAUUGGGCCAGAAAGCCCAAGCCCCGUAUUAAGUGCUUAAGAAGCUGAGUGGAGAGGCGGAGAGGAGGAAAGCGGGGUUUUGUACGAGAAGCUUCCAUGUCAAAGGGCGAAAGGAGAAAGUAACUUCAAAGCAACUUUCGUUCGAUUCUUCCGAUAGUGAUCUGGAGAAAGCGAUGGUGGACAAGACAAAGAAGGAGGAGAAUAGCCGUCCUUUGUUUUUUAAUCUGAUUGUGAUAAUUGGAUAUGGGUAUCUUGCAUAUGUGAUGUGGCCUGAUAUUAAAGAGCAGAUAUAUAACAUGAGAAAUUCUGGGGUGGAGGGCUAUGCUGUUGUUAUUUCAACUUUAUUUGCAGUUAUUCUACUCGUUGUAAUGCUUUGUUUCUUUGAUUUGCUCAAACGAAUCAUGAAGUAGGAGCAGUUUUGUUUCUGCACUGUACCCUUUUCUAUGAAUUCUGUCAGACUGUGAUAACUAAUCUUGUUCCUCUUUUUGGCUUGUUAUUAUGUGUGUGAAAUAAGAUUUACAAGACUGUCUUAAGACUA